AUGGGCCGACGGACUACCCCGGCGACUACCGAGAAUGCAAAAGACCCACAUGCCACCCAUCGACGGCGCCUGUCCGGCAAGGUGGCCCUCGUCACCGGCGCGGGCAGGGGAAUCGGCAAGGCCAUCGCCGCCGGAUAUGCCAACGCAGGCGCCGCCGUAUGCUGUGUCGCCAGGACACAGUCCCAGAUCGACCGCACCGUCUCCGACAUCCAAUGCGACGGCGGCACUGCGAUCUCCGUACAAGCCGACGUCACGGACUAUGACUCCGUCGUCCACGCGUUUGCUUGCGCGCCGCUCCGCGAGUCGAGGACGAGUCGAUAUCGUCGUCUCAAUGCGGUGGCACCUCGACCGCGACGAAACGCCAUCGACAUCGAGAGCGGUAGCCGUAGCAGUGGAUAG